GAGAUCAUCUUGAAGCGAGCAGCAGACAUCGCUGAAGCGCUCUACAGCGUUCCCAGGAACCACAACCAGAUCCCAUCACUGGGCAACACCGCCUCCCAUGGCAUGAUGGGAGUCAACUCUUUCAGCGGGCAGCUCGCCGUCAACGUCUCUGAGACAACGCAAGUCGGCUACAGCCGAAACACCAGCAGUGUGUCACCGCGAGGAUAUGUACCAAGCUCCACCCCCCAACAGAGUAACUAUGGCAACACAGUCAGCAACAGCAUGAAUGGCUACGGCAACACAGGCAUGCCAAACCUUGGGGUGGCAACAUCACCCGGUUUCCUCAACGGGUCCUCAGCCAAUUCACCCUACGGCAGUAAGUAUCAAGUCGUUCCCUCCAGUCCCACCAUGGCCGUCUCUAACUGUAACUCCUCGCAUGGAGUUUUUUCCUUCUCGGCUGCUGUCAAACAGAAGAGCGCCUUUGCUCCCGUCGUUCGGCCGCCAGCUUCACCUCCUCCUCCACCCAACUGCUCCGCCAACAACGCCAAUGGGCUGCAAGCCAUGUCCGGCCUCGUCGUUCCUCCCAUGUAGAAAACCUUCCUCCUCGUUCCUCACCUGUCUCCUCCCCCUCAGCCACGAGCACUAAUCACCUCAGAGGAGGAGGGACCUGUGGCCUAAGGAGGCGGGGCCUCCGGCAGCAGCCAGUCGUCUGCGACUGGGCCGAGCCUCUAAGAAGAACCUGAGAAGGACUUUUUGUAGAGCAGCUUUCUGCGGGUGCUUUCAGCUGUCUGUAAUUAUUCUGAUGUUAUACUCUAUGUUUGGGGGCGGGGUCAUUCAAUGUAAAAACUGUGAUGUCACAUCUAAGACUUGACUUCACUUAGUCUGCUUGUGAUGUAAUCUUAGUUCAAGAAAUGGGAAUCCAAAGAGGAGUGAGAUUAAAGGCUUCAAAUUACAGGACACAGUUAUCAGUGUAAUUCAGGCCUGUCAUACCUAGCAAUCGGGGUGCUGAUGGUGCCCUUCAUCAGCACCCUGAUGAGGAGCAGACAAUGAGUGACAUGAUAAACACCUCUGAAAGCACCUGAGUUCAGGUGAACCUCAGUGGGGGGAGGCAGAACACUCCCUGUUUUUUAAAAUAAUCCAGGACAUCUCAUCAUCAAACCUUUGCCAACCUUUAGCCAAACUGAAGUGUCAUAUUUGAAGAACGUUUCAGAAAAGAGAGAUGAACACAGAAGCAGCAGCACUGAUUUUAGUUGGGCUGAAGGUUCAAGGGAGGUUCCUGUUAUUUCUGCUGCUGCCAGACUCAGAACAGGGGGACGAACAGGAAGCAUAGCUAUGAAAGGCUCCUUCCACUGAGAAUUCACUAAAAUCUGUUGCAGUAUCCGGCGGCGUCCGUGUUGCCAUGAACAGUGUUUAUUUUAUCAGAAAUUGCAGCAGGAAUAAUUUGAGGCCUUUAAUCGUUUCAUUAACCUCAGCACAUAAACUUCUGACCUCUGAAAGCACAACGAUAAAACAAUAAAUGAAAAAUAUCAGUUUGUCCCUUGAAGUCCCGCCCUUCUUCUUUUAGCCCCGCCCUUGUACGUCUGUAUUUUUUUUUAUGCUUGCGCUGUUAAAAAAAAAAAAUCCUGCAUCCUGAUACGCUACUGUGACUGUCUGUCUUCUUGUUCAGAGUUGUCUUUCUAACCGUAGCUCCUCCCACAACCCCAAAGCCCCUCCCAUUCAUUCAAGCCCCGCCCCAUGUGUUUUUCUCUGUGGGUUUUGUGAUUUUUGCCAAAGUUGUAGCUGGCUGAAUAUUUAUACGUCACUGUGGUUGAUCACGCUGCCCCGCCCGUCACCAAAAUCACGAGGGAAACUCUUUUGUAACAUACAGAUUAUAAAUAUGUAUUUAUAUCUGAGAUUGUUUUGUAUAAAUGUCAAAUCAUGUCGUCUUCAUGGGGUUUUAGACAUGUGUGUGUAUGUGGUGUUGCCACACUGAAAAACAACCAUCGUUUUGUAUUAAAAAACAAAAAUGAAUGUCUUCACACAUUUAUAGUGCUGUCAAUCAAAGCUGACGUCCAAUCAGCUCCACUCGUUUGGUUUCAGUUGUUUUUAAUGUAACUCUUGUUCAAUGACUGUUUGGCUGUUUGGAAAUGAUUUCUUCACAGUGAAUAAAGACAGCAGGUU